AGGUGCUGAACGUAGGCGACCCUUGCUAAACUGAAAUUUAAUUGGAUUUACAUAUUUACUUUCUUUGUGUAUAUUUAUAGCAAAUAAACCUUAUUUAACCAUUGAAUUAAGUUUCAGUUACAGACAUUAAUCGAAGUUUUGCUUGCCGGUCAGGAUGGAUCAACUGCGGUUUGACGGUCGUGUUGCUGUGGUCACAGGGGCCGGCGGUGGUCUUGGCAAAGAGUAUGCUUUGCUCCUUGCCUCCAGAGGAGCUAAGGUGGUCGUAAACGACCUAGGCGGUGCCAGAGAUGGAGUUGGACAAUCGAAUUUCGCAGAUGCUGUUGUCAAAGAAAUUAAGGACAAAGGUGGUGUCGCCGUUGCCGAUUACAACUCUGUGGUCGAAGGAGAAAAAAUCAUAAAGACUGCGAUAGAUAACUUCGGCCGAAUCGAUAUACUUAUCAAUAACGCUGGUAUUCUACGCGAUAGGAGCUUUUUGAAAUUAUCUGACCAGGAUUGGGAUCUCGUACACGCUGUCCAUUUAAAAGGCGCUUACAAGACAACACAUGCGGCAUUUGCACACUUCAAGAAACAAAACUAUGGACGCAUCAUCAUGACAUCCAGCAACGCUGGCAUAUUUGGCAACUUCGGCCAAACUAAUUACAGUGCUGCCAAGCUCGGUCUCGUGGGCUUCAGCUACGCUUUGGCCUUGGAGGGCGCCAAGUACAACAUAAAGGUGAACACUAUCGUUCCCACGGCAGCCUCUCGCCUCACCGAAGACAUCCUGCCUCCGGAUAUGUUCGAAGCGAUGAAGCCUAAUCUCAUCGCGCCGGUUGUUGCGUAUAUGGUGCACGAAUCAUUCGAAGGAACUGCACAGGUCAUAGACUCUACUUUGGGCUACGCAAGCAAAGUGCAUUUCGUGAGGAGCGUUGGAACAGCUCUAAAGAAGAAACCAUCAGAUCAAGUCACCAUUGAGUCUGUGAAAGAAUUCUGGCCGAAGGUGAUGGACAUGAAUGGUGCGAAGCAUUUAGAUAAAAUCGCAGAAGUAACUCUGGAUCUAGUCGAACGUCUGCAGGAAUUUGAAGAUAGAGCCAAAUUAGACGGUGACAAAAACAGCUACUGGAAGAAAUACAGUUAUGAUGCUAAGGACUUAUUGCUGUAUGCUCUUGGAGUCGGUUCGUCAGUCGUAAACCCGAGCGAUCUGAAGUUCUUGUACGAGAGUCACGAGAACUUCACGGCGCUGCCGUCGUUCUUCAUCCUCGCCGGAAUGUGCAUGGAAGCGCCCUUGGUGCCCGCCGCCAUGCCGCCCGGCAAGCAUGCUGAUUUCACCAAUAUUCUACAUGGCGAACAGUACAUAGAGUUCGUUGGUGAUUUCCCCGGUACAGAGGGAACCUUCGAAGUUCGAAGCUACGUGGUGGACAUAUUGGACAAGAGUUCCAGCGCAGUGGCCAUUGUUAAUAGUGAAAUCUACCAAGACAAGCAACUGUUGUAUCGCACACAACAGCACAUCUUCGUUGUUGGCCAGGGCGGGUUCAAUGGCCCCAGGAAGAGCAACCACGCUGUAGACGUACAGCCCGCACCUAAGAGGAAACCAGAUGCUGUUGUCGAGCAACGUACUGCUGAAGAUCAAGCUGCCUUGUAUAGAUUGUCUGGCGAUCUGAACCCCCUUCACAUCGACCCCAAUGUAGCGGUUGUGAGCGGACAUUCUAAGCCUAUUCUACACGGACUAGCUUCCCUCGGAUUCUCUGUUAGACACGUAUUGGCUCAGUUUGGCGACAACAAUCCUGCCAACGUGAAAGCUAUCAAAGUUCGUUUCGCUAAGCCAGUUUUACCAGGACAAACACUUGUUACCGAAAUGUGGGCUGAGGGCAAGCGUGUGCAUUUCCAAACGAAACUCAAGGAGACUGGCAAUGUCGUUAUCACAGGUGCUUAUGUGGACUUGAAGAAUGUUGGUACAGUUCGUCCAUCUGCUGCUUCUGCAUCCGAAGACCUUAAAAGUGAUGCAGUUUUCACAAAGAUCAAAACUGAACUUGCUAACAAUGUUGCCAAGGCAAAAAGCAUCAAUGGUGUAUUCUUGUACAAUAUCACUGUAAAUGGAAAGACUGUCAAACAAUGGACCCUGGACUUCAAAACUCCAGCAAUCAUUGAAGGAGCUAGUGGCAAACCUGACACAACUAUCACCAUAUCUGAUGCAGAUAUGGUAGAAGUAGCAUCAGGGGCUCUCAACCCACAAGUUGCAUUCAUGAAGGGCAAACUUAAGAUCUCUGGCAACAUUAUGCUUGCCCAAAAGCUUGGACCACUGCUCAAGAGUGAUGCCAAGUUAUAAAUAUAAUCUACUUAUAUGUGAUAUGAUAAUGUGUAGGUGCAUAAAAUGGAAUAUUUUUCAGUUAUAAUUGCAUUUGUUAAUAGUAUUGUCAACAAGAAUACUAUAAAAUUUGAUUUUUGUUGGGAUGGGA